ACUGGUCCCAACUACAAUUGGGACAAUUCUAGAGUUGGGAUGAAACGGAGAGACUGCAGCAUAAUGUGAACUGUCCCCGGCGGGGAUUUCUGCUGUGUAGUCGGCGCGCUUUAUCGCUUCGAUCCGGUCUUCACGUCGUGCUGUCCGUGCCAGAUGUCAAAACGUAUGCUUGUUUUUCUCUAUUCUGAUUUCUGUGGUGAUGUUUCAUUUUUGACUACGCAUGACAAACAAAAAGAUCCUUAAAUGUAAAUCUUCAGCCAGAUGUUAAGUCUCUCUUCCUGAGGAUUUUUGUGGAGAGAAGUCGCUGGAUCAUCAAAGACUGUGACAGUUCCUCUGUUGGCGCUGCCUUCUCCUUGCUCUAUGUUACAGCCUCCCCGCACAUCAUAGAAUCUUAACCAAUCAGAAAGACCUGCAAUCUACGUCAUCGUUGGAAAGCUCCUCCAACCAUGGCAGGUCUUAGUCGACUUGUAAGAAUCGGAUGUUCAUCCCACCAUAAACUGAGUAAAGGACUCAAAACGACUAUUUCCUUGUAUCACUCUAAAUCCCUAAUGAAGCCAAAGCUCUGUAGAGCCCUGUGGACUCCUCAAAAUAAACCCUCAGCCAAAGAUGAUCCCAUGGUCGGCAAAAUCAGGGAAAUAUCCACUUCUAAGAUGCAGAAGAUAAGGACAGCAUACCGGUCGGAUCUCAAGAAUUGCAGACGGAUUGUUCUGAAGUUGGGAAGUGCCGUGAUCACAAGAGAUGACGAGUGUGGUUUGGCAUUGGGAAGACUGGCCUCCAUUAUUGAACAGGUAUCAGAGCUCCAGCAGAGUGGCAAGCAGGUGAUGUUGGUAACAAGUGGUGCUGUGGCAUUCGGCAAACAGCGUCUCAGACAUGAAGUCAUUUUAUCUCAAAGUAUGCGAGAAACACUCAUACCCAAUCAGGAAAAAGGAAACUUAUUGCUUGAUUCCCGUGCGUGUGCAGCAGCUGGUCAGAGUGGGCUAAUGUCUCUAUAUGAAGCCAUGUUCUCGCAGUAUGGAUUGACUACUGCUCAGGUGUUGGUGACCAAGCCAGACUUCUACCAUGAUUAUUCCCGCAAUAACCUACGAGGUACGUUGAACGAGUUGCUUCGGAUGAACAUCAUUCCAAUCCUCAAUGCUAAUGAUGUAGUUGCUCCACCGCCAGAACCUGACAAGGACCUGCAAGGGGUUAUCAGUAUCAAAGACAAUGAUAGCCUGGCUGCCAGACUUGCAGCUGAGAUGAAUGCAGACCUGCUGUUGUUGCUAUCCGAUGUGAAUGGCAUUUUUAAUACUCCGCCGGACCAGGAGGGCUCCAGGCUACUUGACACGGUGUACCCUGGCGACACAGCGAACAUCGUCUUCGGAGGAAUCUCCCGAGUGGGUCUCGGAGGAAUGGAAUCAAAGGUUAAGGCAGCCAAUUGGGCUCUAGAACGCGGCAUUGCUGUUGUCAUCGCCAACGGCAUGAGUGACGGACAGGUCAUUUUAGACGUGGUCAAAGGUCGUAAGGUCGGAACCUUCUUCAGCGAGACGAAGCCGACUGGUCCCGCCCCGGACCUGCAAGCAACUAAGGCAAGAGACGGGGGAAGACUUCUUCAAUCACUUACUGCUGACGAGAGAGCGGACAUAAUCAACAAGUUGGCCAACCUACUGGUGGAGCGAUCAGAUGAAAUACUAGCCGCUAAUAAACAAGAUAUGGAUGUAGCAAGAAUGACUCAGAUGUCCGGCCCCAUGCUAGCACGCUUAGCAAUGACAGGGUCCAAGUUGCGCAGCCUCUCCGACGGACUGAAACAAAUAGCUUCGACGUCCCACGACAACGUCGGUCGAGAAUUGAAGAGGACGUUGAUCGCUGAGGGGAUGAUACUGAGGCAGAUAACGGUACCCAUAGGAGUUCUUAUGGUCAUCUUUGAGUCUCGCCCGGACUGUCUUCCUCAGGUCGCAGCUUUAGCAAUCAGUAGUGCCAAUGGGUUACUACUAAAAGGAGGCAAGGAAGCUUCAAUGACCAACGAGUGUCUUCAAGGUCUGGUCACUGAAGCAUUGGAGAUGUACGGGGCUAAAGAUGCCGUAGCAUUGAUCAACACACGAGAGCAGGUGAGUGACCUGUUGAAGCUGGAGGGUCUGAUCGACCUGGUCAUCCCCAGGGGGUCCAAGGAGAUGGUCCAGAAGAUACAACAGGAGAGCCAAGGAAUCCCAGUCUUAGGUCACAGCGAGGGGAUAUGCCACGUCUUCAUCGACAAGGAGGUAGACCCACAGAUGGCCAUCAAAAUAGUACGCGAUUCAAAGUGUGACUACCCAGCGGCCUGCAACGCCAUGGAGACGCUACUCAUUCACAACGACCUACGACACACUCCGCUGUUUGAUGACUUACUGGACACGCUCAGGACUGAAAACGUAAGGAUCUAUCCUGGCCCUCGACUCGCUAAAUCGUUGAAGCUUGGCCCCGCCGAGGCACGGAGUAUGCGCAUCGAGUACGGUGGUUUGGAGUGUGCAGUGGAGACAGUCGAUGAUGUCGAUGCUGCUGUUCAACAUAUCCAUAAGUUUGGAAGUGCACACACGGAUGUGAUCGUCACGGACAAUACUCAAACUGCACAGAGAUUCAUGAUGGGUGUAGACAGUGCGUGUGUUUUCCGCAAUGCUAGCACAAGGUUUGCAGAUGGCUACAGAUUUGGGCUAGGUGCUGAAGUGGGUAUAAGCACGACACGCAUCCACGCGCGAGGGCCAGUCGGCGUUGAGGGCCUCCUCACCACAAAGUGGAUCUUGGAAGGUUCGGGGGACGCAGUGCAGGAGUAUGCUGAGGAAGGAUCUAAGAAAUACAGCCAUGAAAUCCUGCCGGUAGCUAGCUGAUGACAUUGCAAUUAAUAAAUAGAGAUGAUUUUUAACACCCUUUUGCGUAGAUUCUGUCAAGCUAUUGGUUGAAAGUAUGUCACAUGGUAUGAGGUAUUUUGAGUCAUUGUAACAAGACAAUGCUGCACCAGCCUGUAAAAAAAAAAGACUAUUAAUUUUACGUGUCUUGGUGACCUUUGUUUGUCCCGAAGACCAGUAGAUUGUGUCAAGCUAUUGGUUGAAAGUAUGUCACAUGGUAUGAGUUAAUUUGAGUCAUUGUAACUAGACAAUGCUGCACCAGCCCGUAAAAAAAAAAGACUAUUAACUUUACGUUUAUAGGUGACCUUUGUUUGUCCCGAAGACCAGUAAUUUGGUAAGAAUGUGGAAUUUGGAAGUUUGCAUUUAAUUAGCUCAUGUCAGGGGCUCACCCGGAUGAGUACACCAGGGUCGACCCAGGGAAGCUAAUUGAAAGCAACCAUUUGGUGUGGAUGCUGGGGGAAGAUUGCGUUUGAUUAGCCCCUGUCAGGGGCUCACUCGGAUGAGCACGGGGGUCUACCAGGGAAAGCUAAUGGAACGCAGCCAUUGGUGUGAAUGCUGGAGAGGUUUGUGUCACUUAGCUCACGUUAGGGGCUCACCCGGAUGAGCACACAGGGGUUGACCAAGGGAAGCUAAUCUAGCACAACCAUUGGUGUGAAUGCUGGGGGAAGUUUGCAUUCAUUAGCUCAUGUCGGGGGCUCCCCCGGAUGAGCAUACUUGGGUCGACCCAGGGAAGCUACUCUAACGCAGCCAUUGGUGUGAAUGCUGGGGCAAGUUUGCGCUUGAUUAGCUCAUGUCAGGGUCUCACCGGAACGAGCAUACUUGGGUCGACCCGUGGAAGCUACUCUAACGCAGCCAUUGGUGUGAAUGCUGGGGCAAGUUUGCGCUUGAUUAGCUUAUGUCAGGGGCUCACUCAGAUCAGCACACUGGGGUCGCCCUGAGGAAGCUUACCAAACGCACCCAUGGGCAGGGCCUGACGCCUAUGGACAAUGGAACACUCUAGAGAUCACCUUGUGACUGCUAAUUGCAGUCAAUAUUUGUAUACUUGUACAUAGAUGAAGGGAUUGAGCUGGCAUUCUGAGAUAAGGUGCCAAUGAGUAUUUCGAUUACGCGGCGUAAAUGGAUUAUCCAAAGGCGCUCUGGUGUUAUCCUCGAGCCUCAAACUCAGACUAAAGGCCCGGUCACACAGGCCCCGAUAACGAGAACGAAAACGAU